CGGAACCGUCGCGGCAGUUGAAACAACUACACCUGAAGCUGCACAAAAAAAAGCCUCUUAACAUCGCGAUUCUCGUCUUCGGAGUGAUCAGAAAUGAUCGAUAUGAUCGAGAAGGAGGACCCGGUCAUCAGCGAGGAGGAGGCGGCUCAGUAUGACCGUCAGAUCCGACUGUGGGGGCUCGAUGCCCAGAAGAGGUUGCGAGGGUCCCGUGUGCUCCUGGCAGGUUUAGGUGGUCUGGGGGCUGAAGUUGCCAAGAACUUAAUCCUGGCUGGAGUUAAAGGACUCACUCUGCUGGAUCAUGAACAGGUGUCAGAGGAGUCAUGUCGAGCUCAGUUCCUGGUUCCGGUCACUGCUCAGGGUCAGAAUCGAGCGCAGGCGUCUCUGGAGCGAGGGCAGAACCUCAACCCGAUGGUGGAGGUCCAUGCCGACCAAGACAGAGUGGAAGACAAACCAGAUGACUUCUUUCUGCAAUUCGAUGCGGUGAGUGGACAUGGAAGUGCAUUCAAGACAGAAGACAGCUGCAUUUAG